AAUUUGAAUAAAUGUAUGUAGUUUUAGAUUGAUCUGAUUAAUGUCUGUGUAUGAUGUCACUUUGUGAUGAUGGAAGUCACGAGUGCUUCCAUUACCUAACGCUCUCUCUCUCUAUCUUUACGGUCAUAUAUAGUGUAAUCAACAAUAACAAGAAAAGCCAAGUUCAAAGCACAAUACGAUUACUUAAAGAUAAAUGCUAUAAUGAUACGAUUCUGAGCAUUACUUGAGUCACAAUAUAUAGUCACACCCUCAUCAAAUUCUUUAUAUCUUACCAACUUCUGAAAAAACAAAAAGACAAGUAUAUGCAUAUAUAAAUAUACACUCUCACACACACAUAUAUUGAUAUACUUAUAAUUAUAAAUCAUGGUACAGUUUGAUACAAAACUAUGGAAGGCUGUGCUUAUGAUGUCCAUGAUCAACAUUGGUUUAAGCGUUGUAAACGUUAUGUUCAAGAAGAUGAUUGAUGAAGGACUUAACCGUAUGGUCGCGACCACUUACCGACUUGCUGCAGGAACUCUGUUCUUGAUACCAUUCGCGAUUUUCUUGGAACGACAUAACAGGCCAAAACUCACGGGUAGGAUCUUGUGUUCACUCUUCUUUAGUGCUCUUCUGGGGACAAGUUUGGUGCAAUACUUCUUUCUUAUUGGGCUAGAGUAUACAUCUUCUACUUUUUCCUUAGCGUUUAGCAACAUGGUUCCUUCGGUCACUUUUGCCUUGGCUCUCGUUUUUAGACAAGAGACGCUGAACAUCAAGAGCAACGUAGGAAGAGCCAAAGUGUUAGGCACAAUGAUAUGUAUUUGUGGAGCUUUAGUGCUUACUCUUUAUAAAGGAACCGCUUUAAGUCGAGAGCACAGUACUCAUAUGCAAACACAUACAAGAACUGAUUCAACCGGUGCAAUGACGCAAAAGUGGGCAAUGGGUUCGAUCAUGCUGGUUAUAUCGAUCAUAAUAUGGUCAUCUUGGUUCAUUGUUCAAGCUAAAAUAAGCCGAGUUUAUCGGUGCCAAUACACGAGUACCACGAUCCUCUCUUUCUUUGGUGUGAUCCAAUCUGCUUUGUUGAGUUUGAUCUCGGAGAGGAGCAUGUCUAUGUGGGUCGUUAAAGACAAGUUCCAAGUUUUAGCUUUACUUUAUUCGGGUAUCGUUGGAUCGGGAUUGUGCUACGUGGGAAUGUCGUGGUGUCUCCGGCAAAGAGGUGCGGUUUUCACGUCCAGUUUCAUACCUUUGAUUCAAGUCUUUGCUGCCAUUUUCAGCUUCUCUUUCCUUCAUGAGCAAAUUUACUGUGGAAGUGUGAUAGGAUCAAUGGUCAUCAUCGUGGGACUUUACAUACUUUUAUGGGGAAAAAGCAAGGAUAAGUCUGCAUCAGUAACCAAACAAGAACCAUUAAAUCUUGAUCUUGAAGGUUGUGGGACAGCUCCAAAGGAACUCAAUAGUACUGCCCAUCCAGUCUCUGAAAAAUAAUAACUUCCAAGAUAUAUUUAACUGUUUCGUAUAUCGUCAAUGAUUUCUAACUUGAACUUAGUAAAAGUCAUACUAAAGCAAAUGUUACACUAAAAAUGUUAUUCAUAAAUAAAAUAAUGAAGUUCAGAUUUGUAGUUCCUGAAAAGGAAAACAUAAUUAACGUUAAUAAGAAACGACCUAAGGUUUAA